AUGGCAAACAAUGAACCCUUGAUCAUCACCGGCAAAGAUGAGAUGCGACGGUGGUCGAGAUCCGCCAGAUCUAAAGGCAGAACCAUCGGAUUAGUCCCCACCAUGGGAUACCUCCACGACGGCCACUUAUCCCUCAUUCACGAAUCCCAAAAACACGCACAUCACACAGUGGACGGUGGUUUUGGGGAGGGCACGAGGGGAGACGGCGAAACUGUGUCGUGCGUGGAGAAUGGUGGGGCGGGUCACGAGACGUGGGUCAGGGUCGAGAAAUUGGAGGCGGGUUUGUGCGGGAAAAGCCGGCCCGUUUUCUUUAGAGGUGUGGCGACUGUGGUUGCGAAGCUGUUUAAUAUCGUCGAGCCGGAUGUUGCUGUGUUUGGGAAGAAGGAUUACCAGCAGUGGAGGAUUAUACAGAGGAUGGUCCGAGAUCUAGAUUUUGGCAUAAAAGUGAUUGGUUCCGAUUUGGUGCGUGAUGAAGAUGGGCUUGCCAAGAGUUCACGUAAUGUGCGACUAUCGGCCUAUGAAAGGGAAAAGGCAUUGUCAAUCAGUAAAUCACUAUUGAGCGCUAAAUUUGCAGCAGAACACAACCAGGUUGAUUUCAAAGAGCUGAGAGAUUCAGUUGUUCGGGCCAUACAGGAAGCUGGUGGAAAGGUUGAUUAUGCAGAGAUUGUAGACCAGCAGAGUUUGGAAGUCGUGGAAGAGAUCAAUAGACCGGCUGUGUUUUGUGUUGCUGCCUGGUUUGGAAAUGUUAGGCUUAUCGAUAACAUGGAAAUCAAUCUCUGA